CAUAUAUCGAACUAGAAAAAAAAUCAUGGCGGGGACGCAGAGGACAGAUACUACAAAAUAACGGCUAGAAAAAAGAAGCCAAUAAGCUGACAGCCAUUAUCCCGCUAAGCUUCAUUAGAAGCCACCCGUUCGAGGAGAGGAUCAGAGGAAGAAGGAAGAAGAAGAUGCCCACCUUGAACCUCUAUACAAACGUGCCAGUGGAUGCAGUCACGGUUUCUGACAUUCUCAAGGACGCCACCAAGGCUGUUGCUAAAAUCAUUGGCAAACCCGAAUCAUACGUGAUGAUUUUGGUAAAUGGUGGAGUGCCCAUUGCAUUGGCUGGUUCAGAGGGCCCAGCAGCAUAUGGAGAAUUGAUCUCGAUUGGUGGACUUGGGCCAAGUGUUAAUGGAAAGCUGAGUUCCCCAAUUGCUGAGAUUCUUCAAACUAAGCUUUCAAUGUCCUCCCGCUUCUACAUCAAAUUUUACGAUGCUCCACGCUCGUUCUUCGGGUUCAAUGGUUCAACUUUCUGAGAAGAGCUUCCAUUUCAGGCAACACAUAGCCGAAGCAAGUGCAGAGCUAAAGGUCAAACGACAUUGACUAAUGAGUUGAGUCAUUUUCCUUUUUUCUUGAGAAAAAUUAUAAAAAAAAUAGAUUGUACCUGUGAAUUAUUAUCUUAAUGCCUGUAAAUUCCUUAAUAGCUGAGUAUCUUGAAUCUCCUUCUUAUCCCAUUCUUUAUGUAGCAUCUGAUUUGAUUUCUUUA